ACAGCUCAAGGUUAAUGAAGGAAACGCGUGUCCAUGACGUUUAUGCAGCCAUCGGCUAUAAACAUGGGAUUGGGAUCAAUCUAUCUGCGUAGUCCUCUGUAGUCUGAAAUUUACAGUGUUGACCAGUUAACAUAAUAAGAAAUCGAACACUUGACUCAUGAAAACUGCUUGUAGGUUGUAGAGAACGUUCCUAUGAAUUAGUUGCGAGUAUUGAGAAUAUUUUUUGUGUAGUCCUUCAUUACCGUAAACUGUAGGUCCUGUAAACAGCCUAGACACUUCGACUCGUAGUGGAAUGAAGACUGUGACAACGUGCAUUAGAUUAUGAAAACUUCAGUGAAGGUUUUAUUUAAGGUCAAUAUUAAAUUUCAGUAUCAACAGACUCUCAUAUUAUAGAUGACACGCUGCGAGAGGGAACAAUACGUGUUUAUUAAUUUUGUAACAUUUAUAGAAUAUAACAAGAGAAGAGAAUGUAUUGAACGGAACCAUGAAAAUUAUGUACAUUUAAAACUGACUAAAUUUCACUGGUGAACCGACAAAUUCCCUAUUGUGAAACACAGCUGUACAGAAACUGUAACUAAGAAGCACGUUAGUAAUAGCACGAUUUAGUGAAUAAAGUAUGAGGUAACGUGAAGGAUUUGGCAGGCUGUGGAACGAAAGAAGAAUGACAGCGUGUUUUGUGUGGCAGAAGUUGAAUAGCCUGUGACGAUUAAGUGACUGUCAGUUGUCAGGCUUGAUCGGGUAAGUACUACGUUACUUCGUCACGCAGAGUUUAGUUGCAAAGUCAAUGACGUGAAUUCGCUCUGAGGUGAAUGAAUUAGACGGUGUGCUUGAUAUUUCCUGUUAGCCUCAUCGGAGGCAUUAAUUUGUAGUUGUGUGGAUUUAAUCAGUCCAGAAUGGCAAACGCUGAAAUUGAUGCGAAGAAAAUCCAGCACCUUUAUCGUUCGCUUGAUUCGACUCUAUCUGUUCUACGAAAGGAGGAGUUUGCUACUCUCCAAGAAGUGAAAGAUUUGUUGUCAACAUUCGAUACCUGUUAUCAGAGAAGCAAAAAGACAGAUUCGUAUCAAAACAAGACUUUUAUCGUACUCGAAGGUCUGGAUGGAUCAGGUAAAACAACGAUAGCGAAGAAACUUGCGACAGCCCUUAAUGGAGUAAGGCGUAAAACACCACCAACAGUAUUGCAGACACUGAGGGCCAAAUUUGAUACACAUCCACCCAUUCUCCGAAGAGCGUAUUAUUCCAUUGGAAACUAUGUAGCAGCAAAAGAGAUUGAAGAGACACUAAAAUACAGUUCAGUGAUUCUAGACAGGUUCUAUCAUAGCACAGCAGUUUUUACAAUUGCAACAGACAUGUACGAAGCUGGAUUAGCUAAGGAUGGGCUACCUCCACAUGGAGAUCCAGUAUAUCAAUGGCCACAAGAUCUCAAACCCAUCCCUGAUGUGAUUUUCUAUUUGGAUGUGAAGGAACAUGUACGAUCACAAAGACUUUCCAAGAGGGUCCAAAUUACGGCUGAGGAAGAGCAAAUGGCAUCAAGUACAGAGUUCAGAAUUUUUACUGCUCCCUGCAAGUUAUUGAAAAUGGCUGUUCCUGAAUAUUGGGCAGGAUCAAAGUUGAAGGAGACAUACUUAAGAAUGGCAGAACCUGCUGUGACCGUUAUUAAUUCUAAUCAACCUGUAAAACUGGUUGUAAGUGACAUUCUAGAUUUUAUGAAGGCAAAAAUGAUGAUAUAGCACAUAUUUCUGAUGACAUUUAUUUGAAUAUUCAGUAUAAAAUAGAGGUAAAAUUCAGUCACGAAAGGAGCAGAAUAAGAUAUCCAACAGUACUCUAGUUUUUUUUUUUAUUUUAUUAUGGCUGAGUUUCACAAGGUAAUACAGUGUGACAAAGGUAGUAAAAAAGGGAAGAAAAAUUUAGAAAUAUUGGAUGAAGAGGGAUACAUAGUGUGCUCAUGAGAAUAAAUUACUUUCAGACAUCUGAAGUGUAAACCCAGUACACAGAAAAACAUAAUAAUUUGUAUGUAGUAUUCAUUGAAUUGUUACUUUUACCCUUAAAUUAUUUAUUAAUUCUGAAUUGUAAUUAACUUGAUACCUGUUAUCCAGUUGUUAAAAAAAGAGCAAUUGUGGAAAACAUUUGAAUAUAACACACUCAGCAGCAUAUUUUUUUUCCCUUCCUCUCUCUCUCUGCUCUCCUCUUCUCAGUUGCAACAUGUAGUAUUUGCUUUCAGGUGGGUCAGAUAUUCAUUUCAGCUAUAAAAAUGUUUCAUGAAAGAUGAUACAUGUCCACUGAUUAAACAUAGAAAGUGUGUAAUGCUGUAAAUAAGACAUUUAUAAUUUUUAACUCGCAAUAAAUGUAUUAAAAACUGG